AUGAGUUCAUUCCUACUCGCUCCCCCCCUCCCCUCUCCCCAUCCUCUUCUAUACCCCCAAUCCUUUGACAUCCGUGCCCUCUACAUCCCCAUGUCCGACCGCUCCACGUGGCGGCAGCUGGUUCGCCGAGUCACACCGCUCAUACAGCAGGCAGCCAAUGAGGAGGAUGGCAACGGGCGGGGGGCCACUGGGGGCGGGGGGAGCAGGGAGGUGACGGUGCUGGAGGGCAGUGGGGGGGCCAGAGGGAGUAGGAGCAGGGAGGUGACGGUGCUGGCGGAGUCGUUUGGGGCGUGCCUGGCUCUGCGCAUCGCUGCUGCCAAUCCCGGCCUGCUGCACCGCCUCGUGCUCCCCUUCUCACGUCAUACGAGCUUGGACCACAACCCACACUUGCCUUGCACUCUUCUUUCUCUCUCCUCUCACUUCCCUGCACCUCUCCUCUCCUCUCCUCUCCUCUCCUCUCCUCUCCUGCCCUCUCUGUCCCGCCCUCUCUGUCCCGCCCUCUCUGUCCCGCCCUCUCUGUCCCGCCCUCUCUGUCCCGCCCUCUCUGUCCCGCCCUCUCUGUCCCGCCCUCUCUGUCCCGCCCUCUCUGUCCCGCCCUCUCUGUCCCGCCCUCUCUGUCCCGCCCUCUCUGUCCCGCCCUCUCUGUCCCGCCCUCUCUGUCCCGCCCUCUCUGUCCCGCCCUCUCUGUCCCGCCCUCUCUGUCCCGCCCUCUCUGUCCCGCCCUCUCUGUCCCGCCCUCUCUGUCCCGCCCUCUCUGUCCCGCCCUCUCUGUCCCGCCCUCUCUGUCCCGCCCUCUCUGUCCCGCCCUCUCUGUCCCGCCCUCUCUGUCCCGCCCUCUCUGUCCCGCCCUCUCUGUCCCGCCCUCUCUGUCCCGCCCUCUCUGUCCCGCCCUCUCUGUCCCGCCCUCUCUGUCCCGCCCUCUCUGUCCCGCCCUCUCUGUCCCGCCCUCUCUGUCCCGCCCUCUCUGUCCCGCCCUCUCUGUCCCGCCCUCUCUGUCCCGCCCUCUCUGUCCCGCCCUCUCUGUCCCGCCCUCUCUGUCCCGCCCUCUCUGUCCCGCCCUCUCUGUCCCGCCCUCUCUGUCCCGCCCUCUCUGUCCCGCCCUCUCUGUCCCGCCUCUCUGUCCCGCCCUCUCUGUCCCGCCCUCUCUGUCCCGCCCUCUCUGUCCCGCCCUCUCUGUCCCGCCCUCUCUGUCCCGCCCUCUCUGUCCCGCCCUCUCUGUCCCGCCCUCUCUGUCCCGCCCUCUCUGUCCCGCCCUCUCUGUCCCGCCCUCUCUGUCCCGCCCUCUCUGUCCCGCCCUCUCUGUCCCGCCCUCUCUGUCCCGCCCUCUCUGUCCCGCCCUCUCUGUCCCGCCCUCUCUGUCCCGCCCUCUCUGUCCCGCCCUCUCUGUCCCGCCCUCUCUGUCCCGCCCUCUCUGUCCCGCCCUCUCUGUCCCGCCCUCUCUGUCCCGCCCUCUCUGUCCCGCCCUCUCUGUCCCGCCCUCUCUGUCCCGCCCUCUCUGUCCCGCCCUCUCUGUCCCGCCCUCUCUGUCCCGCCCUCUCUGUCCCGCCCUCUCUGUCCCGCCCUCUCUGUCCCGCCCUCUCUGUCCCGCCCUCUCUGUCCCGCCCUCUCUGUCCCGCCCUCUCUGUCCCGCCCUCUCUGUCCCGCCCUCUCUGUCCCGCCCUCUCUGUCCCGCCCUCUCUGUCCCGCCCUCUCUGUCCCGCCCUCUCUGUCCCGCCCUCUCUGUCCCGCCCUCUCUGUCCCGCCCUCUCUGUCCCGCCCUCUCUGUCCCGCCCUCUCUGUCCCGCCCUCUCUGUCCCGCCCUCUCUGUCCCGCCCUCUCUGUCCCGCCCUCUCUGUCCCGCCCUCUCUGUCCCGCCCUCUCUGUCCCGCCCUCUCUGUCCCGCCCUCUCUGUCCCGCCCUCUCUGUCCCGCCCUCUCUGUCCCGCCCUCUCUGUCCCCCCUCUCUGUCCCGCCCUCUCUGUCCCGCCCUCUCUGUCCCGCCCUCUCUGUCCCGCCCUCUCUGUCCCGCCCUCUCUGUCCCGCCCUCUCUGUCCCGCCCUCUCUGUCCCGCCCUCUCUGUCCCGCCCUCUCUGUCCCGCCCUCUCUGUCCCGCCCUCUCUGUCCCGCCCUCUCUGUCCCGCCCUCUCUGUCCCGCCCUCUCUGUCCCGCCCUCUCUGUCCCCGCCCUCUCUGUCCCGCCCUCUCUGUCCCGCCCUCUCUGUCCCGCCCUCUCUGUCCCGCCCUCUCUGUCCCGCCCUCUCUGUCCCGCCCUCUCUGUCCCGCCCUCUCUGUCCCGCCCUCUCUGUCCCGCCCUCUCUGUCCCGCCCUCUCUGUCCCGCCCUCUCUGUCCCGCCCUCUCUGUCCCGCCCUCUCUGUCCCGCCCUCUCUGUCCCGCCCUCUCUGUCCCGCCCUCUCUGUCCCGCCCUCUCUGUCCCGCCCUCUCUGUCCCGCCCUCUCUGUCCCGCCCUCUCUGUCCCGCCCUCUCUGUCCCGCCCUCUCUGUCCCGCCCUCUCUGUCCCGCCCUCUCUGUCCCGCCCUCUCUGUCCCGCCCUCUCUGUCCCGCCCUCUCUGUCCCGCCCUCUCUGUCCCGCCCUCUCUGUCCCGCCCUCUCUGUCCCGCCCUCUCUGUCCGCCCUCUCUGUCCCGCCCUCUCUGUCCCGCCCUCUCUGUCCCGCCCUCUCUGUCCCGCCCUCUCUGUCCCGCCCUCUCUGUCCCGCCCUCUCUGUCCCGCCCUCUCUGUCCCGCCCUCUCUGUCCCGCCCUCUCUGUCCCGCCCUCUCUGUCCCGCCCUCUCUGUCCCGCCCUCUCUGUCCCGCCCUCUCGUCCCGCCCUCUCUGUCCCGCCCUCUCUGUCCCGCCCUCUCUGUCCCGCCCUCUCUGUCCCGCCCUCUCUGUCCCGCCCUCUCUGUCCCGCCCCCUCUCUGUCCCGCCCUCUCUGUCCCGCCCUCUCUGUCCCGCCCUCUCUGUCCCGCCCUCUCUGUCCCGCCCUCUCUGUCCCGCCCUCUCUGUCCCGCCCUCUCUGUCCCGCCCUCUCUGUCCCGCCCUCUCUGUCCCGCCCUCUCUGUCCCGCCCUCUCUGUCCCGCCCUCUCUGUCCCGCCCUCUCUGUCCCGCCCUCUCUGUCCCCCCUCUCUGUCCCGCCCUCUCUGUCCGCCCUCUCUGUCCCGCCCUCUCUGUCCCGCCCUCUCUGUCCCCCCUCUCUGUCCCGCCCUCUCUGUCCCGCCCUCUCUGUCCCGCCCUCUCUGUCCCGCCCUCUCUGUCCCGCCCUCUCUGUCCCGCCCCCUCUGUCCCGCCUCUCUGUCCCGCCCUCUCUGUCCCGCCCCUCUCUGUCCCGCCCUCUCUGUCCCGCCCUCUCUGUCCCGCCCUCUCUGUCCCGCCCUCUCUGUCCCGCCCUCUCUGUCCCGCCCUCUCUGUCCCGCCCUCUCUGUCCCGCCCCCUCUCUGUCCCGCCCUCUCUGUCCCGCCCUCUCUGUCCCGCCCUCUCUGUCCGCCCUCUCUGUCCCGCCCUCUCUGUCCCGCCCUCUCUGUCCCGCCCUCUCUGUCCCGCCCUCUCUGUCCCGCCCUCUCUGUCCCGCCCUCUCUGUCCCGCCCUCUCUGUCCCGCCCUCUCUGUCCCGCCCUCUCUGUCCCGCCCUCUCUGUCCCGCCCUCUCUGUCCCGCCCUCUCUGUCCCGCCCUCUCUGUCCCGCCCUCUCUGUCCCGCCCUCUCUGUCCCGCCCUCUCUGUCCCGCCCUCUCUGUCCCGCCCUCUCUGUCCCGCCCUCUCUGUCCCGCCCUCUCUGUCCCGCCCCUCUCUGUCCCGCCCUCUCUGUCCCGCCCUCUCUGUCCCGCCCUCUCUGUCCCGCCCUCUCUGUCCCGCCCUCUCUGUCCCGCCCUCUCUCUGUCCCGCCCUCUCUGUCCCGCCCUCUCUGUCCCGCCCUCUCUGUCCCGCCCUCUCUGUCCCGCCCUCUCUGUCCCGCCCUCUCUGUCCCGCCCUCUCUGUCCCGCCCCCUCUGUCCCGCCCUCUCUGUCCCGCCCUCUCUGUCCCGCCCUCUCUGUCCCGCCCUCUCUGUCCCGCCCCUCUCUGUCCCGCCCUCUCUGUCCCGCCCUCUCUGUCCCGCCUCUCUGUCCCGCCCCUCUCUGUCCCGCCCUCUCUGUCCCGCCCUCUCUGUCCCGCCCUCUCUGUCCCGCCCUCUCUGUCCCGCCCUCUCUGUCCCGCCCUCUCUGUCCCGCCCUCUCUGUCCCGCCCUCUCUGUCCCGCCCUCUCUGUCCCGCCCUCUCUGUCCCGCCUCUCUCUGUCCGCCCUCUCUGUCCCGCCCUCUCUGUCCCGCCCUCUCUGUCCCGCCCUCUCUGUCCCGCCCUCUCUGUCCCGCUCUCUGUCCCGCCCUCUCUGUCCCGCCCUCUCUGUCCCGCCCUCUCUGUCCCGCCCUCUCUGUCCCGCCCUCUCUGUCCCGCCCUCUCUGUCCCGCCCUCUCUGUCCCGCCCUCUCUGUCCCGCCCUCUCUGUCCCGCCCUCCUCUCUGUCCCGCCCUCUCUGUCCCGCCCUCUCUGUCCCGCCCUCUCUGUCCCGCCCUCUCUGUCCCGCCCUCUCUGUCCCGCCUCUCUGUCCCGCCCUCUCUGUCCCGCCCCUCUCUGUCCCGCCCUCUCUGUCCCGCCCCUCUCUGUCCCGCCCUCUCUGUCCCGCCCUCUCUGUCCCGCCCUCUCUGUCCCGCCCUCUCUGUCCCGCCCUCUCUGUCCCGCCCCUCUCUGUCCCGCCCUCUCUGUCCCCCCUCUCUGUCCCGCCCUCUCUGUCCCGCCCUCUCUGUCCCGCCCUCUCUGUCCCGCCCUCUCUGUCCCGCCCUCUCUGUCCCGCCCUCUCUGUCCCGCCCUCUCUGUGUCCCGCCCUCUUCUGUCCCGCCCUCUCUGUCCCGCCUCCUCUGUCCCGCCCUCUCUGUCCCGCCCUCUCUGUCCCGCCCUCUCUGUCCCGCCCUCUCUGUCCGCCCUCUCUGUCCCGCCCUCUCUGUCCCGCCCCUCUCUGUCCCGCCCCUCUCUGUCCCGCCCUCUCUGUCCCGCCCUCCUCUCUGUCCCGCCCUCUCUGUCCCGCCCUCUCUGUCCCGCCCUCUCUGUCCCGCCCUCUCUGUCCCGCCCUCUCUGUCCCGCCCUCUCUGUCCCGCCCUCUCUGUCCCGCCCUCUCUGUCCCGCCCCUCUCUGUCCCGCCCUCUCUGUCCCGCCCCCUCUCUGUCCCGCCCUCUCUGUCCCGCCCUCUCUGUCCCGCCCUCUCUGUCCCGCCCUCUCUGUCCCGCCCUCUCUGUCCCGCCCUCUCUGUCCCGCCCUCUCUGUCCCGCCCUCUCUGUCCCGCCCUCUCUGUCCCGCCCUCUCUGUCCCGCCCUCUCUGUCCCGCCCUCUCUGUCCCGCCCUCUCUGUCCCGCCCUCUCUGUCCCGCCCUCUCUGUCCCGCCCUCUUGUCCCGCCCUCUCUGUCCCGCCCUCUCUGUCCCGCCCUCUCUGUCCCGCCCUCUCUGUCCGCCCUCUCUGUCCCGCCCUCUCUGUCCCGCCUCUCUGUCCCGCCCUCUCUGUCCCGCCCUCUCUGUCCCGCCCUCUCUGUCCCGCCCUCCUGUCCCGCCCUCUCUGUCCCGCCCUCUCUGUCCGCCCUCUCUGUCCCGCCCUCUCUGUCCGCCCUCUCGUCCCGCCCUCUCUGUCCCGCCCCUCUGUCCCGCCCUCUCUGUCCCGCCCCUCUGUCCCGCCCUCUCUGUCCCGCCCUCUCUGUCCCGCCCUCUCUGUCCCCCCUCUCUGUCCCGCCCUCUCUGUCCCCCCUCUCUGUCCCGCCCUCUCUGUCCCGCCCUCUCUGUCCCGCCCUCUCUGUCCCGCCCUCUCUGUCCCGCCCUCUCUGUCCCGCCCUCUCUGUCCCGCCCUCUCUGUCCCGCCCUCUCUGUCCCGCCCUCUCUGUCCCGCCCUCUCUGUCCCGCCCUCUCUGUCCCGCCCUCUCUGUCCCGCCCUCUCUGUCCCGCCCUCUCUGUCCCGCCCUCUCUGUCCCGCCCUCUCUGUCCCGCCCUCUCUGUCCCGCCCUCUCUGUCCCGCCCUCUCUGUCCCGCCCUCUCUGUCCCGCCCUCUCUGUCCCGCCCUCUCUGUCCCGCCCUCUCUGUCCCGCCCUCUCUGUCCCGCCCUCUCUGUCCCGCCCUCUCUGUCCCGCCCUCUCUGUCCCGCCCUCUCUGUCCCGCCCUCUCUGUCCCGCCCUCUCUGUCCCGCCCUCUCUGUCCCGCCCUCUCUGUCCCGCCCUCUCUGUCCCGCCCUCUCUGUCCCGCUCUCUGUCCCGCCCUCUCUGUCCCGCUCUCUGUCCCGCCCUCUCUGUCCCGCCCUCUCUGUCCCGCCCCUCUGUCCCGCCCUCUCUGUCCCGCCCCUCUGUCCCGCCCUCUCUGUCCCGCCCUCUCUGUCCCGCCCUCUCUGUCCCGCCCUCUCUUCCCGCCCUCUCUGUCCCGCCCUCUCUUCCCGCCCUCUCUGUCCCGCCCUCUCUGUCCCGCCCUCUCUGUCCCGCCUCUCUGUCCCGCCCUCUCUGUCCCGCCUCUCUGUCCCGCCCUCUCUGUCCCGCCCUCUCUGUCCCGCCCUCUCUGUCCCGCCCUCUCUGUCCCGCCCUCUCUGUCCCGCCCUCUCUGUCCCGCCCUCUCUGUCCCGCCCUCUCUGUCCCGCCCUCUCUGUCCCGCCCUCUCUGUCCCGCCCUCUCUGUCCCGCCCUCUCUGUCCCGCCUCUCUGUCCCGCCCUCUCUGUCCCGCCUCUCUGUCCCGCCCUCUCUGUCCCGCCCUCUCUGUCCCGCCCUCUCUGUCCCGCCCUCUCUGUCCCGCCCUCUCUGUCCCGCCCUCUCUGUCCCGCCCUCUCUGUCCCGCCUCUCUGUCCCGCCCUCUCUGUCCCGCCUCUCUGUCCCGCCCUCUCUGUCCCGCCCUCUCUGUCCCGCCCUCUCUGUCCCGCCCUCUCUGUCCCGCCCUCUCUGUCCCGCCCUCUCUGUCCGCCCUCUCUGUCCCGCCCUCUCUGUCCGCCCUCUCUGUCCCGCCCUCUCUGUCCCGCCCUCUCUGUCCCGCCCUCUCUGUCCCGCCCUCUCUGUCCCGCCCUCUCUGUCCCGCCCUCUCUGUCCCGCCCUCUCUGUCCCGCCCUCUCUGUCCCGCCCUCUCUGUCCCGCCCUCUCUGUCCCGCCCUCUCUGUCCCGCCCUCUCUGUCCCGCCCUCUCUGUCCCGCCCUCUCUGUCCCGCCCUCUCUGUCCCGCCCUCUCUGUCCCGCCCUCUCUGUCCCGCCCUCUCUGUCCCGCCCUCUCUGUCCCGCCCUCUCUGUCCCGCCCUCUCUGUCCCGCCCUCUCUGUCCCGCCCUCUCUGUCCCGCCCUCUCUGUCCCGCCCUCUCUGUCCCGCCCUCUCUGUCCCGCCCUCUCUGUCCCGCCCUCUCUGUCCCGCCCUCUCUGUCCCGCCCUCUCUGUCCCGCCCUCUCUGUCCCGCCCUCUCUGUCCCGCCCUCUCUGUCCCGCCCUCUCUGUCCCGCCCUCUCUGUCCCGCCCUCUCUGUCCCGCCCUCUCUGUCCCGCCCUCUCUGUCCCGCCCUCUCUGUCCCGCCCUCUCUGUCCCGCCCUCUCUGUCCCGCCCUCUCUGUCCCGCCCUCUCUGUCCCGCCCUCUCUGUCCCCCCUCUCUGUCCCGCCCUCUCUGUCCCCCCUCUCUGUCCCGCCCUCUCUGUCCCGCCCUCUCUGUCCCGCCCUCUCUGUCCCGCCCUCUCUGUCCCGCCCUCUCUGUCCCGCCCUCUCUGUCCCGCCCUCUCUGUCCCGCCCUCUCUGUCCCGCCCUCUCUGUCCCGCCCUCUCUGUCCCGCCCUCUCUGUCCCGCCCUCUCUGUCCCGCCCUCUCUGUCCCGCCCCUCUGUCCCGCCCUCUCUGUCCCGCCCCUCUGUCCCGCCCUCUCUGUCCCGCCCUCUCUGUCCCGCCCUCUCUGUCCCGCCCUCUCUGUCCCGCCCUCUCUGUCCCGCCCUCUCUGUCCCGCCCUCUCUGUCCCGCCCUCUCUGUCCCGCCCUCUCUGUCCCGCCUCUCUGUCCCGCCCUCUCUGUCCCGCCUCUCUGUCCCGCCCUCUCUGUCCCGCCCUCUCUGUCCCGCCCUCUCUGUCCCGCCCUCUCUGUCCCGCCCUCUCUGUCCCGCCCUCUCUGUCCCGCCCUCUCUGUCCCCCCUCUCUGUCCCGCCCUCUCUGUCCCCCCUCUCUGUCCCCCCUCUCUGUCCCGCCCUCUCUGUCCCCCCUCUCUGUCCCGCCCUCUCUGUCCCGCCCUCUCUGUCCCCCUCUCUGUCCCGCCCUCUCUGUCCCCCUCUCUGUCCCGCCCUCUCUGUCCCGCCCUCUCUGUCCCGCCCUCUCUGUCCCGCCCUCUCUGUCCCGCCCUCUCUGUCCCGCCCUCUCUGUCCCGCCCUCUCUGUCCCGCCCUCUCUGUCCCGCCCUCUCUGUCCCGCCCUCUCUGUCCCGCCCUCUCUGUCCCGCCCUCUCUGUCCCGCCCUCUCUGUCCCGCCCUCUCUGUCCCGCCCUCUCUGUCCCGCCCUCUCUGUCCCGCCCUCUCUGUCCCGCCCUCUCUGUCCCGCCCUCUCUGUCCCGCCCUCUCUGUCCCGCCCUCUCUGUCCCGCCCUCUCUGUCCCGCCCUCUCUGUCCCGCCCUCUCUGUCCCGCCCUCUCUGUCCCGCCCUCUCUGUCCCGCCCUCUCUGUCCCGCCCUCUCUGUCCCGCCCUCUCUGUCCCGCCCUCUCUGUCCCGCCCUCUCUGUCCCGCCCUCUCUGUCCCGCCCUCCUGUCCGCCCUCUCUGUCCCGCCCUCCUGUCCGCCCUCUCUGUCCCGCCCUCUCUGUCCCGCCCUCUCUGUCCCGCCCCUCUCCCGCCCUCUCUGUCCCGCCCCUCUCCCGCCCCUCUGUCCCGCCCUCUCUGUCCCGCCCCUCUGUCCCGCCCUCUCUGUCCCGCCCUCUCUGUCCCGCCCUCUCUGUCCCGCCCUCUCUGCCCGCCUCUCUGUCCCGCCCUCUCUGCCCGCCUCUCUGUCCCGCCCUCUCUGUCCCGCCCUCUCUGUCCCGCCCUCUCUGUCCCGCCCUCUCUGUCCCGCCCUCUCUGUCCCGCCCUCUCUGUCCCGCCUCUCUGUCCCGCCCUCUCUGUCCCGCCUCUCUGUCCCGCCCUCUCUGUCCCGCCCUCUCUCCCGCCCUCUCUGUCCCGCCCUCUCUCCCGCCCUCUCUGUCCCGCCCUCUCUGUCCCGCCCUCUCUGUCCCGCCCUCUCUGUCCCGCCCUCUCUGUCCCGCCCUCUCUGUCCCGCCCUCUCUGUCCCGCCCUCUCUGUCCCGCCCUCUCUGUCCCGCCCUCUCUGUCCCGCCCUCUCUGUCCCGCCCUCUCUGUCCCGCCCUCUCUGUCCCGCCCUCUCUGUCCCGCCCUCUCUGUCCCGCCCUCUCUGUCCCGCCCUCUCUGUCCCGCCCUCUCUGUCCCGCCCUCUCUGUCCCGCCCUCUCUGUCCCGCCCUCUCUGUCCCGCCCUCUCUGUCCCGCCCUCUCUGUCCCGCCCUCUCUGUCCCGCCCUCUCUGUCCCGCCCUCUCUGUCCCGCCCUCUCUGUCCCGCCCUCUCUGUCCCGCCCUCUCUGUCCCGCCCUCUCUGUCCCGCCCUCUCUGUCCCGCCCUCUCUGUCCCGCCCUCUCUGUCCCGCCCUCUCUGUCCCGCCCUCUCUGUCCCGCCCUCUCUGUCCCGCCCUCUCUGUCCCGCCCUCUCUGUCCCGCCCUCUCUGUCCCGCCCUCUCUGUCCCGCCCUCUCUGUCCCGCCCUCUCUGUCCCGCCCUCUCUGUCCCGCCCUCUCUGUCCCGCCCUCUCUGUCCCGCCCUCUCUGUCCCGCCCUCUCUGUCCCGCCCUCUCUGUCCCGCCCUCUCUGUCCCGCCCUCUCUGUCCCGCCCUCUCUGUCCCGCCCUCUCUGUCCCGCCCUCUCUGUCCCGCCCUCUCUGUCCCGCCCUCUCUGUCCCGCCCUCUCUGUCCCGCCCUCUCUGUCCCGCCCUCUCUGUCCCGCCCUCUCUGUCCCGCCCUCUCUGUCCCGCCCUCUCUGUCCCGCCCUCUCUGUCCCGCCCUCUCUGUCCCGCCCUCUCUGUCCCGCCCUCUCUGUCCCGCCCUCUCUGUCCCGCCCUCUCUGUCCCGCCCUCUCUGUCCCGCCCUCUCUGUCCCGCCCUCUCUGUCCCGCCCUCUCUGUCCCGCCCUCUCUGUCCCGCCCUCUCUGUCCCGCCCUCUCUGUCCCGCCCUCUCUGUCCCGCCCUCUCUGUCCCGCCCUCUCUGUCCCGCCCUCUCUGUCCCGCCCUCUCUGUCCCGCCCUCUCUGUCCCGCCCUCUCUGUCCCGCCCUCUCUGUCCCGCCCUCUCUGUCCCGCCCUCUCUGUCCCGCCCUCUCUGUCCCGCCCUCUCUGUCCCGCCCUCUCUGUCCCGCCCUCUCUGUCCCGCCCUCUCUGUCCCGCCCUCUCUGUCCCGCCCUCUCUGUCCCGCCCUCUCUGUCCCGCCCUCUCUGUCCCGCCCUCUCUGUCCCCGCCCUCUCUGUCCCGCCCUCUCUGUCCCCUCUCUGUCCCGCCCUCUCUGUCCCGCCCUCUCUGUCCCGCCCUCUCUGUCCCGCCCUCUCUGUCCCGCCCUCUCUGUCCCGCCCUCUCUGUCCCGCCCUCUCUGUCCCGCCCUCUCUGUCCCGCCCUCUCUGUCCCGCCCUCUCUGUCCCGCCCUCUCUGUCCCGCCCUCUCUGUCCCGCCCCUCUCUGUCCCGCCCUCUCUGUCCCGCCCUCUCUGUCCCGCCCUCUCUGUCCCGCCCUCUCUGUCCCGCCCUCUCUGUCCCGCCCUCUCUGUCCCGCCCUCUCUGUCCCGCCCUCUCUGUCCCGCCCUCUCUGUCCCGCCCUCUCUGUCCCGCCCUCUCUGUCCCGCCCUCUCUGUCCCGCCCUCUCUGUCCCGCCCUCUCUGUCCCGCCCUCUCUGUCCCGCCCUCUCUGUCCCGCCCUCUCUGUCCCGCCCUCUCUGUCCCGCCCUCUCUGUCCCGCCCUCUCUGUCCCGCCCUCUCUGUCCCGCCCUCUCUGUCCCGCCCUCUCUGUCCCGCCCUCUCUGUCCCGCCCUCUCUGUCCCGCCCUCUCUGUCCCGCCCUCUCUGUCCCGCCCUCUCUGUCCCGCCCUCUCUGUCCCGCCCUCUCUGUCCCGCCCUCUCUGUCCCGCCCUCUCUGUCCCGCCCUCUCUGUCCCGCCCUCUCUGUCCCGCCCUCUCUGUCCCGCCCUCUCUGUCCCGCCCUCUCUGUCCCGCCCUCUCUGUCCCGCCCUCUCUGUCCCGCCCUCUCUGUCCCGCCCUCUCUGUCCCGCCCUCUCUGUCCCGCCCUCUCUGUCCCGCCCUCUCUGUCCCGCCCUCUCUGUCCCGCCCUCUCUGUCCCGCCCUCUCUGUCCCGCCCUCUCUGUCCCGCCCUCUCUGUCCCGCCCUCUCUGUCCCGCCCUCUCUGUCCCGCCCUCUCUGUCCCGCCCUCUCUGUCCCGCCCUCUCUGUCCCGCCCUCUCUGUCCCGCCCUCUCUGUCCCGCCCUCUCUGUCCCGCCCUCUCUGUCCCGCCCUCUCUGUCCCGCCCUCUCUGUCCCGCCCUCUCUGUCCCGCCCUCUCUGUCCCGCCCUCUCUGUCCCGCCCUCUCUGUCCCGCCCUCUCUGUCCCGCCCUCUCUGUCCCGCCCUCUCUGUCCCGCCCUCUCUGUCCCGCCCUCUCUGUCCCGCCCUCUCUGUCCCGCCCUCUCUGUCCCGCCCUCUCUGUCCCGCCCUCUCUGUCCCGCCCUCUCUGUCCCGCCCUCUCUGUCCCGCCCUCUCUGUCCCGCCCUCUCUGUCCCGCCCUCUCUGUCCCGCCCUCUCUGUCCCGCCCUCUCUGUCCCGCCCUCUCUGUCCCGCCCUCUCUGUCCCGCCCUCUCUGUCCCGCCCUCUCUGUCCCGCCCUCUCUGUCCCGCCCUCUCUGUCCCGCCCUCUCUGUCCCGCCCUCUCUGUCCCGCCCUCUCUGUCCCGCCCUCUCUGUCCCGCCCUCUCUGUCCCGCCCUCUCUGUCCCGCCCUCUCUGUCCCGCCCUCUCUGUCCCGCCCUCUCUGUCCCGCCCUCUCUGUCCCGCCCUCUCUGUCCCGCCCUCUCUGUCCCGCCCUCUCUGUCCCGCCCUCUCUGUCCCGCCCUCUCUGUCCCGCCCUCUCUGUCCCGCCCUCUCUGUCCCGCCCUCUCUGUCCCGCCCUCUCUGUCCCGCCCUCUCUGUCCCGCCCUCUCUGUCCCGCCCUCUCUGUCCCGCCCUCUCUGUCCCGCCCUCUCUGUCCCGCCCUCUCUGUCCCGCCCUCUCUGUCCCGCCCUCUCUGUCCCGCCCUCUCUGUCCCGCCCUCUCUGUCCCGCCCUCUCUGUCCCGCCCUCUCUGUCCCGCCCUCUCUGUCCCGCCCUCUCUGUCCCGCCCUCUCUGUCCCGCCCUCUCUGUCCCGCCCUCUCUGUCCCGCCCUCUCUGUCCCGCCCUCUCUGUCCCGCCCUCUCUGUCCCGCCCUCUCUGUCCCGCCCUCUCUGUCCCGCCCUCUCUGUCCCGCCCUCUCUGUCCCGCCCUCUCUGUCCCGCCCUCUCUGUCCCGCCCUCUCUGUCCCGCCCUCUCUGUCCCGCCCUCUCUGUCCCGCCCUCUCUGUCCCGCCCUCUCUGUCCCGCCCUCUCUGUCCCGCCCUCUCUGUCCCGCCCUCUCUGUCCCGCCCUCUCUGUCCCGCCCUCUCUGUCCCGCCCUCUCUGUCCCGCCCUCUCUGUCCCGCCCUCUCUGUCCCGCCCUCUCUGUCCCGCCCUCUCUGUCCCGCCCUCUCUGUCCCGCCCUCUCUGUCCCGCCCUCUCUGUCCCGCCCUCUCUGUCCCGCCCUCUCUGUCCCGCCCUCUCUGUCCCGCCCUCUCUGUCCCGCCCUCUCUGUCCCGCCCUCUCUGUCCCGCCCUCUCUGUCCCGCCCUCUCUGUCCCGCCCUCUCUGUCCCGCCCUCUCUGUCCCGCCCUCUCUGUCCCGCCCUCUCUGUCCCGCCCUCUCUGUCCCGCCCUCUCUGUCCCGCCCUCUCUGUCCCGCCCUCUCUGUCCCGCCCUCUCUGUCCCGCCCUCUCUGUCCCGCCCUCUCUGUCCCGCCCUCUCUGUCCCGCCCUCUCUGUCCCGCCCUCUCUGUCCCGCCCUCUCUGUCCCGCCCUCUCUGUCCCGCCCUCUCUGUCCCGCCCUCUCUGUCCCGCCCUCUCUGUCCCGCCCUCUCUGUCCCGCCCUCUCUGUCCCGCCCUCUCUGUCCCGCCCUCUCUGUCCCGCCCUCUCUGUCCCGCCCUCUCUGUCCCGCCCUCUCUGUCCCGCCCUCUCUGUCCCGCCCUCUCUGUCCCGCCCUCUCUGUCCCGCCCUCUCUGUCCCGCCCUCUCUGUCCCGCCCUCUCUGUCCCGCCCUCUCUGUCCCGCCCUCUCUGUCCCGCCCUCUCUGUCCCGCCCUCUCUGUCCCGCCCUCUCUGUCCCGCCCUCUCUGUCCCGCCCUCUCUGUCCCGCCCUCUCUGUCCCGCCCUCUCUGUCCCGCCCUCUCUGUCCCGCCCUCUCUGUCCCGCCCUCUCUGUCCCGCCCUCUCUGUCCCGCCCUCUCUGUCCCGCCCUCUCUGUCCCGCCCUCUCUGUCCCGCCCUCUCUGUCCCGCCCUCUCUGUCCCGCCCUCUCUGUCCCGCCCUCUCUGUCCCGCCCUCUCUGUCCCGCCCUCUCUGUCCCGCCCUCUCUGUCCCGCCCUCUCUGUCCCGCCCUCUCUGUCCCGCCCUCUCUGUCCCGCCCUCUCUGUCCCGCCCUCUCUGUCCCGCCCUCUCUGUCCCGCCCUCUCUGUCCCGCCCUCUCUGUCCCGCCCUCUCUGUCCCGCCCUCUCUGUCCCGCCCUCUCUGUCCCGCCCUCUCUGUCCCGCCCUCUCUGUCCCGCCCUCUCUGUCCCGCCCUCUCUGUCCCGCCCUCUCUGUCCCGCCCUCUCUGUCCCGCCCUCUCUGUCCCGCCCUCUCUGUCCCGCCCUCUCUGUCCCGCCCUCUCUGUCCCGCCCUCUCUGUCCCGCCCUCUCUGUCCCGCCCUCUCUGUCCCGCCCUCUCUGUCCCGCCCUCUCUGUCCCGCCCUCUCUGUCCCGCCCUCUCUGUCCCGCCCUCUCUGUCCCGCCCUCUCUGUCCCGCCCUCUCUGUCCCGCCCUCUCUGUCCCGCCCUCUCUGUCCCGCCCUCUCUGUCCCGCCCUCUCUGUCCCGCCCUCUCUGUCCCGCCCUCUCUGUCCCGCCCUCUCUGUCCCGCCCUCUCUGUCCCGCCCUCUCUGUCCCGCCCUCUCUGUCCCGCCCUCUCUGUCCCGCCCUCUCUGUCCCGCCCUCUCUGUCCCGCCCUCUCUGUCCCGCCCUCUCUGUCCCGCCCUCUCUGUUCCCCCUUCUCUCACCAUCGCAGAACCCCAUCAGGGGAGGGGCACGUGCUCCUGUAUCCAGGAGGUUUUUACUCGACUCGAAACACAACCCCGCAUCUUCCUCCUUUCCCCCGCCACCCCGCACUCCCAUGUGCCUCAUCUCCCCACCCCGCACUCCCAUGUGCCUCAUCUCCCCACCCCGCACUCCCAUGUGUCUCAUCUCCCCACCCCGCACUCCCAUGUGCCUCAUCUCCCCACCACGCACUCCCAUGUGCCUCAUCUCCCCACCCCGCACUCCCAUGUGCCUCAUCUCCCCACCCCGCACUCCCAUGUGCCUCAUCUCCCCACCACGCACUCUCAUGUGCCUCAUCUCCCCACCACGCACUCCCAUGUGCCUCAUCUCCCCACCACGCACUCCCAUGUGCCUCAUCUCCCCACCACGCACUCCCAUGUGCCUCAUCUCCCCACCACGCACUCCCAUGUGCCUCAUCUCCCCACCACGCACUCCCAUGUGCCUCAUCUCCCCACCACGCACUCCCAUGGGGGAGGGCCCGCGCUGGUGUUCCCUGGGGGCUCCGAAGAAACAUGCUCUCCCCCCUGCACUUCCCCUCUCACAUUCUCCUUCCCCUCACCACCCACUCCCAUGUGCCCCAUUGUGGCCCUGUCAGGGGGGAGGGCCCGCGCUGGUGUUCCCUGGGGGCUCCAAAGAAACGUGCCGCCUCAAGGGUGAGAAGUAUCAGCUGAGGUGGGGCAUGGGCGAGGGCAACAGCGGUAGCAGCGGCAGCAGCGGUAGCAGCAGCAGCAGUGGUGACGGUGGCAUGGUGCGCAUGGCAGCGAAGCUCAAUGCCAUCAUCGUGCCCUUCGCCAUGGUCGGCGCUGAUGACGCAUUUGACAUUGCUCUAGACCGAAACGACCUCCUUGCUUCCCCUCUAGGCAAGCCCUUUCGUUCCCUGUACGAGUCGCUCAGUCUCGACCCGGACACGGACAUCAGCCCUGUCACAACCAUUCCUGGCACCAGCCUCCCCAGCUUGGGAAACGACACCAGCAGCAUCAUUCUUCCCGAUUUGUCAGCGACUCCAAAUCUCAAGAAGCUGAGUUUGAUUCAGGUCACUACUGUGAACGCACCAACGACCAGCCAUUGCCUCUCUCAGAUAGAGCACCUGGAGUUGCGCCUGGGCGCUGAACAAACAGAAUCUCCACUCCUGCUCGGGUUCCUUUCAUGCCUCCGUGAUCUACGCAUCUCGAAUGCCAAGGCAUUGCAUCACCUGCCCCAUGACAUCGGCUCUGCUCUGCCUCAGCUGCGACAGCUGCACGUGGAAGGAGCAAAAUCUCUGACAGAGAUUCCAAAAAGUGUAACACGGCUGGUGCAACUCAGAUCUCUUCAUAUUGAAGCUCCAAGACUGACCCAUCUUCCUGACACCAUCUCUUCCUUAUCAAGAUUGGGCGACCUUAGCCUGCGUAAUUGCUCCUCCCUGACAAGCCUGCCCGGUUCUUUCACCAACCUCACUUACCUGCACAAAUUGGAUGUCAGCAAGACGGCACUUCACUUCCUUCCUCCCAACUUCCACCAUUUGGCACGACUCAGAGAGCUGGACCUGAGUGACUGUGAGCAGCUUCAGUCCCUGCCGCAACACCUGUCUAGUUUGAUGCUGCUGCGAGUGCUGAAUCUCAAGGGCUGCAAGAUGCUUGGCCGAGAGCCAAUGCCUUUCGAUCUUUACGCAAGGGUUGGACUCAAGUCGUACCAAGACUAA